UUUACCCCUUCCUCCCUCACUGGUUUGCGCUUUUGCAAGCAGCCAUGGCCGAUUUCUCAUUCCUUUCUGAUAGCAGUGACUCAGCAGUUGAAGAGAUUCUUGCUCAAGCAAUGGAUCAAUCCAUUCUCGAACAGGUAGCGGCCAUCAAUUGCUCUGGUUUCUCAGAGUCUGUUCUCCCCACUGACCUCGAAACCAGAUUUCGCAAACUCAAAUCCUUCCCAGUAACAAACCAAAAGCAGAGAACUGGGGAAAACCAUCUUCUAUCUUCCAAUUCCAUGAAAAAAGAACCCACGAGCUUCAAUCCACACAUGAAGACACCCACCUCGUCGUCUAACGAAGCGACUGCUGAUACCCAAUCUCAAGAACAGUUGCAGAGCUCAAAUAAAGGUAUAGGAAGCCCAGAUUCAUUUUCUGAUGUAGAAAAUGUUGUUUCUACUUCUAAGAAAUACAGUGAGAAAAAGGGCUUGAAGUCAAAAUCGAAAUCAAAAAGUGGGUCUACCUCAUCAUCUCCUUCUGCUUCUUCCGACUCCUCCGAAGUUUUAUCUCCUCCUCGGCAGAAAUGCUGGCUUUGGUGUUCGCCCAAGAAGGUAUCCAGAAAAAAGGACAAGAAGAAGAGAGUGGAAGAUCUCCUUGACACACUCGAUUGGGAUAAGGAUGAUGAGCUUUUGUCGGAUUGGAGUAUGUUUUCACCGAAAGACCAGCAAAAGAAGCUGAAGAAGGCAUUGAAGGAGGAAGAGAAGGUUGCUAGGGAAGCUAAGAAAGUAGUGGAAUGGGCUAAGCAGGCAUCUGCUAGAAUGAAUGUGUCUGUGACUCCUGAUGUUUCAAGUGAUGAUGAAAGAUUCAAGUGAUACAUUUGGGUCUAUCAUCAUGAAGAAACUUACAUGGUCAGCUGUGGUUUAUCUUUCUGUUCCACUUCUCAACACCUAUUGGCUUCUUGGUUCUUUUGGGAUGCCAG